AUGAACGUGGUUUUAUUUUUUUAUCUUGUGUUUAUAUCUUGUGUGACGACUUUUGAUUUAACUAUUUUGCAUACAAAUGACGUCCAUGCGCAUUAUGAUGAAAUAAACACCUCUGGUGGUCGGUGCAAUAACAUAGGAAAUUGCUACGGUGGAAUGGCGAGAAUUAAGCACAAAGUGGAUGAAAUAAAGAGACUGUAUCCAAAUACAUUAUUUUUGGAUGCCGGAGACCAGUACCAGGGAACAGUCUGGUUCACAGAGUUUGGUGGGACCAUUGUUCACACGUACAUGAACCUCCUGGGAUAUGAUGCCAUGGCUCUAGGAAACCAUGAAUUCGAUGAUGGCAUUAAAGGGCUCUUGCCGCUUGUAGAAAACAGUGAUGAUUUUAAAAUUCUUAGCUGUAACAUCGAUACAUCUGGAGAGCCUUUGAUUCAAAACAAGUUUCUUAAAAGUGUCAUCAUAGACGUAAAUGGGGAAAAAAUCGGCAUUGUCGGUUACACAACAAAGGAUACACCUAUACUAUCCAAACCAGGUAAUUUGGUGUUUUUGGACGAGGUCACAUCCAUUCAGACACAGGUCACCGUGCUUAAAAACCAAGGAGUGAAGAAAAUCAUAGCUCUGGGACAUGCCGGAUUUAAUGUUGACAAGAAAAUAGCACUUCAAGUGGAAGAUAUCGAUAUUGUUGUUGGUGGUCAUACAAAUACAUUUUUAUAUACAGGAUCACCGCCAUCCAAUGAUAACCCUGUAGAUGUUUAUCCCACAGUUGUCAGAAAUAAAAAUGGUGACAAAGUUUUAGUGGUACAAGAUUAUGCCUUUGGUAAAUACCUCGGAUUUCUGCAAGUGGAAUUUGAUAACAACGGAAAAAUCAUACGUUAUAACGGAAACCCUAUAUUACUGGAUAACUCUAUUCCUAAAAAUGCACAAGUGCAGACUGUUACUGAUGAAUUUGGAAAAAGAUUGGGAGCCAGAAUAAACAAUGUGAUAGGACGCACAUUGGUUUUCUUAAAUGGCAGUAGACUUGUCUGUAGAUUACAAGAAUGUAACUUAGGGAAUUUGAUUGCAGACGGCAUGGUGCAUCAGAAUCUUUUACACGCAGACAGCGUAGAUGGAACUAAAGUUUUUAUAUCCAUAAUCAACUCAGGAUCAAUACGAUCAUCAAUUGAAAAAGGCAACAUUACAAUCGGCAAUGUGUUAGAGGUGAGCCCCUUUAGGGAGACAAUUGACACAAUCAAACUUAGGGGAGACUUCUUACUGCAAGCAUUAGAACAUAGUGUAGCAAACUAUGACGUUGAUGGACCAGAAGGUGCAUUCUUACAAUAUUCAGGAAUAAAAGUAAAAUAUAAUCUCGCCAAACCAGUACAACAAAGAGUAGUUGAAGCCUUAGCUAUCUGUCAGAACUGUACCAUUCCUACAUAUGAACCAAUUGACGAGAACGUAAUGUUCAGUCUGAUAUUACCUAAUUUCUUACGUAAUGGUGGCGACGGAUAUUUCAUGAUCAGAGACAAUGCGGUGCAGUCACAUAUUAUCGGAGAUCUGGUGUCGGAUGUUUUAAUGGAAUACAUUAAAAACGCGUCACCGUUUUACAACGGCAUUGAAGGGAGGAUAACUCUGGAUAACUCCACAAAGACUAUUGAUAAAUUAAUUUGUAAUGACGGAAAAGUGAUAGCAUGUGACGACGUUGAUACAAACACCUGUGACAGUUUAACGUGCGAGCCUGGAAAUGUAAUAACAUGUGAUAGCGUUAUAAAUUUAAAGCAGUACAAAUACUCUGGGCGAGCAAAAAAGACACAAGGAAAACGAAAACGAACCAAAAAUUCACUGUUUCUAAGAAAAAAGAGAAGAAAUAAGGCAAGAAUGAACAAUUAUCAUGCGGAAAGCAUGCGUUUUAUUAAACGAAAUUAUAACUGA